AUGGCUUUCCGAGAAUGGUCAACUGAGAGAUUGACAGUGUACUCCGUGUUAUGUCCUCGGCCGAACGAGAUUGAGUUUGUGAGUUACAUAACCAGGGGUCAGCCUCCGUUAUUUGUUGACUUGGAGGAACUUGUGUUGGGUGAGGAUGGGCAACCAACACAGGAUGCUUUGCGAAGCCAGGCCGAAAAGCUUGCCUCCACAUUGGAAGAACGAGCGGAGGCAGCCCGAAUAUUUAAAGACUCUACACCACCUCCACCGUCUCCUCCACGUGCACCGCCCGCAGUUUCAGAUGGGUCUGGUGUUGACCCAUCUCCAGCUUCAGUUCCUGAUGGGUCUGGUGUUGACCCAUCUGCAGCUUCAGUUCCUGAUGGGUCUGGUGUUGACCCACUUGCAGCGUCACAGGGUCCUCCUGUUCCCCCGUCAGCUUCCAUUCCCAGCACCUCGGAGGCUCGGGAUCCAGUAUACCCUGCCAUUUUGGCAAGGUUGGAGACUGUGGAGAGGGGGCAGGCCGCUCUGCUAAGAGGACAAACAGCGAUUAUGGAUCAGUUGAAGACCAUAAUGACGCUCCUGCAAGAUCCUGGAAGGCCGGCAGCAGAUUCACAGCCACAGCCACAGCCACAGCCACAACCGGAAGAGGAGGCUCGGACACCGGAAGAUGACUUCAUUCUCCCAAAUGAUUACCAACCGGAUGAUGAUGACAUGUUCUGUACACCUGAGAAGACGAAUAUCACCAGCAUCGGGGAUACUUAGGAUUCUGAGGUGCAGGUGUUAGAGACAGCUCCAGAAGUCAUGGAGAACCGGAGGAAGAGAAGGCGGCCUAGGUGGUUCGCUGAGUACACUGAAAUGAAGAAGAAGGCUAGGGCUACUUCGACACUCGUGAAUGCGGACCCACUUAGAGUGGUUGAUCGGAAGCUGCUCAAGACUUUUCACAAUUGGGUACUCGGCCAGAUUGGGAACAAUUACCCGAGAGAGUGCUUCACCGGUCGAUACCAUUCGUCUUGGUUCCUCGAACUGCAUACUCCGAAAUUUUGGCUUGGGAACGAUCAUUUGGAUGCGGCAUUCCAUUUGAUGAGGAGGCGGCAACACUUUUAUCCCGAGUCCUACCCGAAUAGAUGUGUCAUAAUGCCGUGUAUUUUCCCAGCAGGAGUUAUUACUCGGUGGGAAGCUGCGGGUGAUGACCAGGCUAACUAUCAGUGGGACGAGAGCAUAUUAGAUUUGAUUCGAGAGGAUGAAAGUCAAUUCUUGGCCAGUUGGAAGAACAAGGAGAGAAUAUAUAUGGCCCUCUACUUCGAUGGAGCAAAGCAUUGGGUGGCAUUAGAGAUAGAUCUGGAUCAUUGGUUGUUGAACAUAUUUGACUCCAGCCUCGGAUCGAUUUCCCCGAACGAAUUGAACCGUCACCUGGCAAUGUGGGAAAAAUUACUACCAAAUUUGCUGAUGCAGGCUGGCCCUAUUCGAGAGUCAUGACAUGAUCCUCGUGCCUCAACUUACCGCCUCAGAGAGCCAGGUCAGAAAUUUCACUUCAAAAGUCAUGGAUCGGGCCGUUGUUCCACAGACAAAGACAAGCGGUAACUGCGGGAUGUACGUGAUAGAGCACAUCGAGCAUAGUAUGCUGGAAACUAC